AUGGGUUCUAACGAGGAUGACGAGAACCGCUCACCACCACGCCGCCGUUCCAGCACUCCCGAUACGCCUCGAAAGCGACGACGGCUAGGCUCACUCAAGCUCGAUGCAGCUGGCCUCCGUAAACAUGAUCUUCUCCGAAGACGCACAGUAGAAGCCAACUACAACGACGAAUACCGCGAGCUUUUCAAUGAGCAAGUGACGCAAGCCGCCUCACGCUUCCACACCGACGAGUCUGUGCGAUAUUACACCAAGCAAGUCGGAACAUCGACCUGGUCACCUAGUGAGCAGGCUGUCUUCUUCGCCGCCCUCGAGCGAUUAGGCAAGGACGACCUACCGGGCAUAGCAAGAGCGAUAGGCACCAAAGCCGAGACAGAAGCACGCGACUUUCUCCUUGUACUGCAGGAUGCAGCUGCCAAGCACGUCGACGCAAAGGUGACACUGCGCGACAUUCCUGCUGCGAUUGAGCUUGGCGAUGCGUGCAGUCAAACGCUGGAAGAAGCAGCGGAUGCACUAGCGUGGUACCAGGAGAGGUUCGACGCUGAACAGGAACAAGAGCGCUAUGGCGAAUACUGGCUCAUAACGCCUUCCAUAGCCGAGGAAAUCGAGGAUGCCAUCAAUGGAAGUGUCCCAUCGAGGCCUGCCUCUGUGUCUGGAGAACGAGAGCCGAGUAGGUAUCGCAAAGGGGUCGCCGGGGCAUGCGCGAGUUGCAAGAAAAGCAAGAGGAAGUGCGACCGCCAGGUUCCAUGCGCUCAAUGUGUGAAAGCUGGGACCAACUGCGUAUACCCAAAGGACCCACCUAGCCUUGUCAAGCCAGAUUCUGCUCUGGAGCGCAUGCAUGAAUCCACCGUAGGGACAGACGUCCCUCCGGCUUAUACUUCUGAAGCCCCCAUUCUGCGGGCGAUACCAGAGGCACGUCUUCUCCAGCCCGAAGUGAUGCUCACCUUGUCCCGAGAAGUAUUCAUGAACCGAUCAGACGACAUUCCCUCUCCCUGGCCACACUGGUCUCACUACAUCUCCGAGGUUGCCACAGAGCCGUCCAUCUAUCGUACAGCAUUAAACGACUUUCAUCGACUGGUCCUUUCCGUGACUAAACGUCUCGUACAGACCGCAAUCAUACAGGCCACUUCCAGGAUGAGAUCGCAGCGAUCCCGCAAGGAAAAGGGAUCAUACCCACUGAUCAAAUCCAGGGACGUCUAUACUGCCAUCGAUGUACUCGGCAUGAAGCGAAACGGAAGCGAGAGGUGGCAGGGCGUACCCAGACGUUGCGGACUGAAGGUGACUGCAUCCAAAUUAACGACGCAGGGUCGGCGCACCAGAGAAGUGCCCUGGGGUGAAGUUGAAAGCAUCAUGGGUCCAGUGAGUUCGUCGAGUGAGUAUGUCGAUACAUCAGGUGGACCAAACAAGUUCAAAUCGAGAGCGGCGCGCAGCGGCACCCCACUGCCCAUGCACAAUCUCACUUUGUCAGAUUCUGAUGACGAAGUUAUUGACGUGGACAUGGUCGACGAUGACGACAGCGACUCUUCGGAGCAUUUUACGGAUGUCGAAGCACGACCUCCUGCGCAACGUGUUCUACAGCCGAGAGACCCAACUGGCAGAUACGCAACGCUCCCACCUGAGACACAAGCCGACGAAAUUCCGCAUCAGGUGAAGACUCUAGAGGAAUUUGAUCAGGAAGCUACUUGGCAUGAGGAGAGGGUGCUCUGGGAUAUGCUUGGCGUCAACUCAGCAGCCAACGACGAGAAAGCGAAAACCGGCGACAAAGUAGACGAAGUACAGGACCCCAGCGUUGGAGUCGACGAGAAGGUUGCGACAACGUCUUGCGACUGGCGACAGCUCAUGGAAUACCGUGCUCCGUGGGAAAAGUACGAGACUACAAUGUUGGAAGCGCAGUUGCUCGCGAAUCAGAAGCGAUCAAACCCCAAGUUAGGCAGAUCUGGUUCACGUGCGCAGAGCACUGGAUCUCUGUCCGGUGAUUUCAGCGAUGGUUCUUCAACAACACGUUCAAGGAGGGCAGGGCUCAAGUCCACAACCGAAAUCAAUCUGCACGUCAGAGGCACAAAUGCUUACGCGGCUUUGCAGGGGGUGGAGCACACGAGUUCUGACAGGAACAACAGCGAUUCUGACCCUAAGAGCGCAACUCCCGAUGAGGACGUGCCCACGCAAUCUAUUGAAGCCGGACAAGGCGAAGCCGAUGGCUAUGAUUCUGAGAGUGACAUGGACUGGUCAUAG